ACAUUUAACCUGUCGUUAAACAAUACAAAAGACUGCCAUUUAGUACUAUAACAACACUUCAAGCUGAUCAAAUGUUUAGCUGAAGAUGGCGAAAAAAGUGAAUAUUGCAGAUAUCAAACUGAGUCAAAAACUUGGAUCCGGAACGGGCGGAGUUGUUCACAAAGCCACCUUUCAGGAUGAGGAAAUCGCGGUGAAGGUGUUUGACACUCAACAUCCGACAAAUAAGAAAAACGCAGAAAGGGAAAUCAUACAUUUGUCCCAUAUUAGCCAUGAAAAUGUUAUAAAAAUAUUCGGCACGGCAAAAGAUGGGGAUAAAGAGUACUUGUUAAUGGAAUACCUGAAAGAUGGGUCUGUCCACGAUUUGCUUUACGGUAGUAAUCAGUGGGAGUACACUGUGGAGCAAGCUGUUCGUUGGGCUUUUCAAGGGGCCAAGGGGCUAGCCUACUUGCAUUCCCUGGAUCGACCGGUGGUGCAUCGUGAUAUCAAGCCGCAGAACAUGUUACUAGAUAAUAUGUUUGAAAAGCUUAAGAUUUGUGACUUUGGCUUGGCCACGGAUAUGUCCAAUAACCAGUCGGAUAUGCGAGGAACAGUGAGGUAUAUGGCUCCAGAGGCCAUCAGAUAUACAAAGUAUACGGAUAAGUGCGAUGUCUACAGCUUUGGCAUAGUGCUCUGGGAAAUUAUGGCGCGUAAAGUGCCUUACAGUCAUUUGGAGAAUGCUGAUCAAGCAUUUAGCAUUAUGGAAGCUAUCGUUCAGGGUGAUCGUCCUGAUAUGAAUGAAGUCAGACCCGAUUGCCCGCAGGGCAUCAAACAGUUGAUAAAAUGCUGCGUGGAUGAAGAUCCCGAAAAGCGCCCCUCCAUGAAGGAGAUCGAAGUGUAUCUGGACAAAUGUGUUGCCACUUUUGCUUAUUAUAAUUUAAUAAAUCAAUCAUUUUUUAAACUGGAAAACGCUUGCAAACUGGCAUAA